AUGGCAUUCGCCUGGAAAGCCUCAGGCCUGACCUACAACCGAUACUUAGCCGUCGCAGCCCGCGUUGUCCGACGCUCACUCAAGGAAGGAGAACGGCUGAAGGCCGAGAGACGAGGAGAGAUGGAGCUGAAGUUCGCCAAAUGGGAGAAUGGCAAACAAGGAGAGAACAAGAGUCUCGCCCAGGCAAAUGCUAGUUCAAUGGCAGAAGGAGCUGGGCAUGGACAAGGACAGUAA